UUUCAGUGAGUGAUUCACUUUCUUUCGAGAGAUCGAAGAAGAGAGAACGAACAAUAUGUCGCUGAGACCCAACGAGAAGACCCAUGUCCGUCGAAACAGUCACAAGGUGGCUGUGGAUACAGAGCAAAGCCGAAGAAGAAGAGAGUCCAAUCUAGUCGAAAUCCGCAAAAGCAGACGCGAAGAAAUCUUGAAGAAGAAGCGACUCCAUGUUACGCAAGAAGCUCCUCACGAUUCCACUCUUCCUUCCCCCGCCGCCUCCGUUGAUAAAAUGUUGAGGAACCUCAUUGGUCUUGUCGCUGGAGUUUCGUCGGAUGACCCAUUAUCGCAGCUCGAGUCCCUUAACCAGUUCAGGCUGAUUCUAUCGACCAGCAAGAAUCCUCCUAUUGGCAUGGUGAUAGAAUCUGGUGUUGUGCGUCGUUUCGUUGAGUUUCUUAACAAGGACGAUUCACCUUGGCUUCAGCUUGAGGCGGCUUGGAUUCUAACGAACAUUGCUUCUGGGACACGUAAGCACACCCAAGUGGUUAUUGAUCACGGUGCUGUUCCAAUAUUUAUCAAGCUUCUUGCUUCCCCUGAUGAAGAUGUCCGUGAACAGGCUGUAUGGGCGUUGGGUAACGUUGCUGGUGACUCACCACAAUGCCGUGACUACGUUCUUGAGUGUGGUGCAAUGAUGCAACUCUUGGCUCAGCUGAAUAAGCACUCUACGUUGUCAAUGAUUACAAACGCCACCUGGGCUUUGUCUAACUUUUGCCGUGGCAAGCCUAAGCCAGCGUUUGAACUAGUCUCACCUGCUCUCCCUGUAUUAGAACGACUUGUUCAUUCGGAUGAUGAAGAAGUCUUGGCAGAUGCUUGCUGGUCGCUUUCGUUUAUGUCUGAUGGUGGAGAAGAAGAGAUUCAAAGUGUGAUUGAAGCUGGUGUUGUCCCAAGAGUAGUUGAACUUCUCCGACAUCCUUGUCCAAGUGUGGUUUCUCCUGCACUUCGUACCAUUGGGAAUAUAGUUUCUGGAAAUACUCAACAGACUCAGUGUGUGAUCAAUUGUGGAGCGUUACCCAUUCUUGUCAAGCUUCUUACUCAAAACUAUAAGAAGAGCAUAAAGAGGGAUGUCUGCUGGACAAUUGCAAACAUCACUGCAGGCAUUAAAGAACACAUUCAGUUAGUUAUUGAUGCAACUAUGAUUCCAAGCUUGGUACAUCUUGCUCAAUACGCUGAGUUUGACAUAAAGAAAGAAGCUCUAUGUGCAAUAUCAAACGCUACCAGAGGCGGUUCUCAUGAACAAAUCAAGUACUUGGUGGAGCAGAGGUGCAUAAAGCCUCUAUGUGAUAUCUUGGUGUGUCAAGAUCCAAGUGUCAUCUCGGUGUGUCUGGACGGGUUAGAAAACAUUUUGAAGGUUGGAGAGGUGGAGAAGAGUAGAGGACAUUUGAACUAUUCUCAACUGGUUGAAGAUGGGGAAGGGCUAGAAAAGAUUGAGAAGCUGCAGAGUAAUGACAACAAUGAGAUCUACGAGAAGGCUGUGAAGAUUCUUGAGACGUGUUGGGUUGAACAGGAUGAUGAUGAGGAGACACAACAAGAACAAGAUGCAGGUGAUGAUGGUUCUCAUCUAAGCAUCGAAUUUGGAAGGAAACGAGUUCAAGUACCUCCUGGAGGAUUCAACUUCGGUUGAAGGUAAUUUAAAACCUACAAACUGUAAAGAUUCUUCUAUAGGAUAAUAUUAGAGUCAUCAUUGUUUUCUCACGGCUUACUUGGUCGCUAAUUGUAAGUACAUUGUCAAUAAAAAAAAGGUGUUGAGGUUUAGAGACUACUUUGUUUUG